GGCCUCAAGGUUUUCACCCGGGCUGCGAUCGGUGUUUAUAUAAAGUAUCGGAUUGUUUUGGGAUUGUCCGUGACUUUCUCGCUCUCAUUGCAUGUCAUGCCCCGUCAUCUCACUGAUAAUCACCACAGCCUGCAUUCGAGUCAUCAAAGUCCCCCAUGUCUCACUUGUCGCGUCCUUUUACUCCUGGACCUGCAAGUCUGUAUGCUCAGGGCCCCAAAAGAAGGCGGCGUCCCUUCUUCAACAACUGUCUAUCGGAACAUUGAACACAUUCUUGACCGUGCUCGCUCAGCAAAGCAACCACCUCGCAUCAUUCAUAUCCGCAAUUCCGGAGAGUCGGGUGAUCCAGACGCACCGAACUCCCCCGGCUGGCAACUCGUUUUUCCAACGCUUGAGCACGAGUUCAUUGUCGACAAGUUAAAAAAUAACGCCUUUGCUGGAACCAGACUCGCUGAACUUAUACCACGUGACGCUGAACUCAUAGUCGUCGGCAUGCAAAGCGAUUACUGUGUGCGUGCUACUUGUAGCACAGCCUUGAGUAGAGGAAACACUGUCAUCUUGAUCAAGGAAGCACACGCAACCUACGAUCGCAUUGAAGUAUGGAACCGUGGCAUGGUUACAACUGCCCGUGACGUGGAGUCGGAAAUAGAGGCGGAGUUGGAGGAGGCUGGGGUCAACCUUCUGUGCAUGUCGGAUGUGCCGCACUUGUUUAGUGACCGGUGACGCACAUUUGCGAGAGUGAUCGCUGAGAACUUCCGCUCCCUUUUCCAGCCAUCAUGGUAGUUUGGCAUUUGCGUUCUUUACUCCGUUGGAUAUUGGUUCCCGUUUAGAAACUUCCCCAUGGCCGAUAUGAUGGUUUGGAUGAUGGCCCUGUCAUGGGCAUGUUGUGUUUGGUAUCGAUACUAUAACCUUGUCAUCUACUUACAAAUUUAUGAUAACUCAAUAUCACGUGAGUACUAUUGAAAAA